UCUCGACGGAUUGGAGCUUGCAAGUCCAUCAUGGCGCAGUAAAGCGAGUGUCAACUUAUUGACAUUGGUCUUCAUCCCCCUCCAAGCUAUCAUACUCUUCGAGGACAUCAGUUGUCAAUGCACCCUUCCUCGAACUCGAUAGUGGCACAGGCGGGAAAAGUUUGUGUGCCGUCAACCUCGAGUCCUGCUCCUCCCCCGACCUAGCGCCAUCAAAACGUCGAAGCCGAUGAAGCCUUUGCCACUGCUCAUUCCUCUGCAGGCGCCACACUCUUGUCGAUCUCCAACAGCUACGCAAUCGACUCGGACGAUGACGAAGAGAAAGUCAAACCGAUCCCGUAUCUGCCCGGUGGGCACCCGAUACUGGGCCACACGCUGCUCAUGGCUCGCAACCUCGAUCGAUUCCAGGACUGGUUGGUCGAAACCAGUGUUGCUCGCAAUGGAGAACCGUUCGUACUGCGUCAACCGGGCAAGAACGACUGGCUGUUCUCGGCUCGACCUGAAGAUUUCGAGCAAAUUCUCAAAGUGCACUUUGACACGUUUAUCAAAGGACCCCAAGUGCGAGAACUGCUCGAUGACUUUAUGGGGGAGAACAUUGUCAUUAUCAAUGGCCAUCGCUGGAAAUUCCAGCGCAAAGCUCUCGUCAACUUGUUCACGGCCAAAGCGCUGCGUGACCACAUGACUCCGAUCGUGCAAAAGUGUGCCUUGGCGUUGCAACGCGUGUUUGCUAAGGCUGCCAAGGAGGACGGUGUGCUUGAUGUGCAUCAUAUCAUGGGGCGGUUCACGCUCGAAACGUUCGCAGAGAUCGAGUUUGGUGCUCAGUUGGGGCUGCUGGAAUCCGGCAAAGACCACGCGUUCGAGACGGCGAUCGAUGAUGCCAACCACAUUUCAUUGGAGAGGUUUGCCGUCCCCAUGUGGGUCUGGAAACUGAAACGCUGGCUCAACGUUGGCUCCGAACGUCGACUACGGCAAGAUAUGGAGGCGAUAUCAACUUUUGUCAUGGGCUGCAUCUCGGGAGCGAUCGAGCGUCGGAAACAGCGACAAGAAGCUGCAGCUCGUGGAGAACCAUUGGGACCAGUGGCAAAAGACAUCGUGUCCAUCUUGCUUGACAGUGAAGACACGACGGGCGAGCCAGUGCUGCCUCAAGAUGUGUACAACAUUUCCCUUGCCGGAGUGUUGGCUGGCAAAGACACAACGGGAGAUGCAACAAGUUGGCUGAUGCACUUGUUGCAUGAAAAUCCCAGAGUUGAGAACAAAUUGCGGGCGGAAUUGCUCGCCAAGAUCCCCAAGCUGGCGGUGGAUGAGAGUUACGUGCCAUCUAUGGAAGAACUAGACGCCGUGGCCUACUUGGAGGCCACAAUUCGCGAGAGUUUGCGUCUUAAGCCACCGGCUCCGUGCGUCACGCAACACUGUACUCAAGACACGGUGUUCCCUGACGGCACUUUUGUCGCUAAGGGCACCGACACGACGUUGUUGUAUCAUGCGUCGGCUCUAUUGCCGAGUGUGUGGGGCCCGGAUGCUGCUGAAUUCAACCCCGAGCGAUUCCUGGAUGAGAAUGACAAGCUUAUCGUGCUGCCACCGCUGAAGUUCAUUGCCUUCAGUGCUGGACCGCGCAAAUGUGUGGGACGGCAGCUCGCAAUGAUCGAGAUGAAGGUCGUGACGGCGUGUCUGGUGAGCCGCUUCCACUUGGUGGAAGUGCCCGGGCAGGACAUUCGCGGCACUAUGGGCAUCAGUCUCGGCAUGAAGUACGGAAUGAAGGUCACCGUCGAGCCCACGCCUGGUGUCGCCGCUGCUUGAAACUGAGAGUGAAUAUCAAUGUUCAUGUUACAUUUAUUCCUUGUCGUCAAUAUCGAUAACCAUCGAUAAACAUUCACGUGUCAAAUUCAUAAUUUCUUACCUACAGUUAAGUCUUAAAAAAAUAGUAUUCACACCAUUUGCACGA